GGUGGAAUGGGGCAGUGAUUGGGUGUGGUUUAAUAAAUGCAUGGUGCUGCUUGUUGUGAGGUUUGGGCUUUGGUGUUGGGGGGGUUUCUUUUGUUUGUUCAGGAUUUUCCCCCCCAACUAAGUGAGCUUUAACUGCCAUAUUGCCACUCUGAAGAUGUAAGAAGUGUUAUGGAAAACAGGUUACUGUUGUUGACGUGCAGGUAUUGCAGUAGCUGCAGUUGAAGCAAUUUUAAUGAGUUUGAGGGAAAAAACCCUCUGAGUUCAGAAUAAAUUACCACAAGGCUUUUGAAUUGUCCUUUGGUGGUUGUACAGGUUUUUUAUGCUGCAGCCUUGAAUAUAAUAAGUUAAUUCACAAGCUACAGGUUUUGUGUUCUAGAUGAGACAAGAAUUUCAGAGGGACCUUCUGUGAUUUGUCAUGCAGUUCUCUAUUUGUAUUAAAAUAAGAAAAAGAAUUAGCAAAUGGCACUGGAGAAAUGGACACUCUCAAUGACAAACUGCCUUCUUUUUCCUAAUUCCAGGGCAUAUUCCCUUGUGGAUUCCAGUCAAGUGUCUACCUUCCUGAUUUCUAUUCUCCUCAUAGUCUAUGGCAGUUUCAGGUCUCUGAACAUGGACUUUGAGAACCAAGACAAAGAGAAGGACAAUAGCAGCGCUGCUGGGUCUUUUAAUGGCAACAGCACCAAUAACAGUAUUCAAACCAUCGAUUCCACCCAGGCGUUGUUCCUGCCCAUUGGAGCGUCCGUGUCUCUCCUAGUUAUGUUCUUCUUCUUCGACUCAGUUCAAGUUGUCUUUACAAUAUGCACAGCAGUCCUUGCAACAAUAGCUUUUGCUUUCCUUCUGCUCCCGAUGUGCCAGUACUUAACACGGCCUUGCUCACCUCAAAACAAGAUUUCCUUUGGCUGCUGUGGGCGUUUCACUGCUGCUGAGUUGCUCUCGUUUUCUCUGUCUGUGAUGCUUGUCCUUAUCUGGGUCCUAACUGGCCACUGGCUCCUAAUGGAUGCUCUGGCUAUGGGCCUGUGUGUUGCAAUGAUAGCCUUUGUUCGGCUGCCCAGCCUGAAGGUUUCCUGCUUGCUGCUCUCUGGGUUACUAAUUUAUGAUGUCUUUUGGGUCUUUUUUUCUGCCUACAUCUUUAACAGCAAUGUUAUGGUGAAAGUGGCCACACAACCAGCUGAUAAUCCCCUGGAUGUGUUAUCCCGGAAACUUCACCUGGGACCAAAUGUAGGCAGAGAUGUUCCCCGUCUGUCACUGCCUGGCAAACUUGUGUUCCCAAGUUCCACAGGCAGCCACUUCUCCAUGCUGGGGAUUGGAGAUAUUGUGAUGCCAGGGCUUCUGCUCUGCUUCGUCCUGCGUUACGAUAACUACAAGAAACAAGCCAACAGUGAUUCCUGCGGUGCCCCAGGCCCAGGGAACAUCUCUGGGCGUAUGCAGAAGGUCUCUUACUUUCACUGCACACUUAUUGGCUACUUUGUAGGCUUAUUAACUGCAACAGUAGCUUCUCGUAUUCACCGGGCAGCCCAGCCUGCCCUGCUCUAUUUGGUACCAUUCACUUUAUUGCCACUCCUCACCAUGGCCUAUUUAAAGGGCGAUCUACGUCGCAUGUGGUCUGAGCCUUUCCACUCCAAGUCCAGCAGCUCCCGUUUCCUGGAAGUAUGAUGGAACGGACAGGAAGUAACCUGAACUUCUGCCUUGGUCCUUUUCACUUUAACUUGUGGCUUUGUUGUCUCCUAAAGCUGGACUGGCUGGUACUUGGGAAGGUACCAGUGAUGGGACAUGUAUGAAAGGACUUUGUAUUAAAGGAGGGAAAGAAACAAAAGCUAAAAUCCCAGAGCUCCGCGUGACUCCGUAUCUCCCUGCAGAUGUGGAAUUGGGGACCCUUUGUGCAACUGCAGCCACUUUCCUCUUUCCUCACUCGGAUGGAUUAGUACCAGACUAUUCUUUGUGAGAGAGGAAGAGACAGACUUGAAACUGAAAACGGCUUGAAGUCGUUCAAAAACUUGUGAACACUAAACGCAAAAACAGUUAAGCAAACUGAGGCUUCUUCAGAGAACCCCUCAUGGACAUUGGGACCAGUUUCCUGCGGGACUUCGGUUUUGAAAAGAACUGAGACAGAAGGUCUUCUGUCACAAUAUUGAGUUUUUUUGAUUUAUUAAAUAUUUCCUGUGGUGUGAGGUUACUUAUUAAAUCCACAGACAUUGAGUGACUUCUUGCAGUAUACAUAUAAAAAUUUGUUGUAACAAGUUACAUUUCCACCCAGAUGUCAUAUUGCAGUGAAAAAGGGCACGAUUUUUAUACAUAUAUAUAUACACACAUAUAGAUAUAUAUAUGAAUAAAUAAAAAGGAAAACCUGCUAAGAUCAUGCUGUGUAGCAGACAGGGGCUUGCUGUAAUUUUUAGCAUGUAGCGCAGUUACUCUGGCUUAUGUAUAUGGAUCUACAAUGAGCUGCUGUUUUUUUCCCCCCUUCCAACAACUGAACCUGCAGUUUAAAACCAAGUGUAGUAUUUUUACUGGUUGUACCAUGGACUUUAGGGGAUAUUUGAUUUGAUCAAUGUAGCAAACUAGGGAAGAAAAAAGUUCAAACCCAGCCCUGUGUGUCUGAGGGGGGAGGAGGUGGGGGGGUGUCUUUUUUUUUUUUUUUUCCUUUUUUUUUUAUUUUUAUUUUUUACAAACAGCUCCCUUGCAGGUUUUUAGUAGUUCCUUCUUGACCAGUGCAUGUAUUAUAGCAGCAAUUGUCUUUGUGCUUUCUGAUCAUAGUAAUGUAUCACUUGUAAAUACAUUUUUUCUAUUUUCUAUUUUUUUGUAUUUUUUGCAUUUUGUUUCAUUAGUGUGCUGUAUUUUUCCAUGCCCCUGCCCCUCAAAGAAAAAAAAAAAGAAAAAAGAAAAACUGUCCUUAACUGUUGUGACUGGUUGGAA